AUGUCGUCGCUAUCGAACUGCGAAGAAGAAGACUUCAAAAUUCUUGUUGCAACAGACAUACAUUUAGGAUUUGAAGAAAAAAAUUUAAUCAGAGGUAAAAUGCAAUGAAAUAAUCCUAAUACUACAGUACCACUGGUACUAGUUACGAAUGGUAUAGUCUGGAACAUAGAAAUAAAUAGUUAUCUCCCUAUUGCUAUCACAAUUUUUUAAAAAUUAAUCUUAUAUAUAUUUGAUGUUCCUUGCAGUUGUUAUUUUUCAGACUUUCUGUAGUAUAUAUGAGUUUGGUAUAUACUAAUUAUUGAUGUAAAUUAAAAAUGUCAACAGUAAAAUAAAUUUCAACUGAAACUAUCAUCUAUUUAUGGAAUUUUUAAUAUAGGGUGCUAUUCAAAAAUCAAAAAUAGUAGUUUCACCCCCGAAAAUAUGAGUAACAGAAAUAUUGGAAAUUUAACAUUUUAGAACUAUUUGUUUUAUAAGUUGUUCAAGAAUAAAAAAUUCCUAAAAAGUAAAUACUUUCCGAGAUAAUGAAUAUUAAUUUAAGAAUUAAUUACACCUCUAAAUAUUUAGAAACAAAAUGUUUUUCCUAUAUCUAUGGAACCACAUGGCUCAUCUAAUAUAAUAUAAACAAGUUACAUAGCAGGUGGCAGGUGCAAAUAGGUGCCACUAGUUCCUUGAACAAAACUUAAACAAAAUUCAAAAUGCACUCUUAAGUACUUGCCAACAAUUUUAAAAUGUCAUUAACAUAUAAUUUAAUUUCAUUCAUACAAAACACCCUUAAGCAGCAGAGCUCCUAUACUAGAAGUAAUUUGUGUCCUACCUAUUUUGUAUUACACAAAUAUUCUUUGUCAAACUAUAAUAGGUAAUACAAUACCAUACUAUACAAUACUACAACUAUAAUACUAGGUAAAACAAAAAUGAUAGAAAUUAAGGAUACAAAUAGUAGAGGGGUGAGUUGAAAGUCAAAACUCUCAAAAGGCACAUCCUUGAUACUAAUACUAUUUACCUAUAUAAAAAUAUCAUCCCAUUGAAUUUAACUCAACUUUUAUCACUUCAAUCCUUUAAAACAAUUUUCAUUUCUGAGUUUGAGCUUAUUUGGUCCAGAGGGAGACAGUAUAAGUGUUCAAAAUAAGUAAUAAAAAUUACUUUCUUACCUUUGGUAUUCUUUCUUUUUAUUUAAACUUAGAAUAAUAUUAAUUAGGUUUUCUUAUAAACAGUAGUACAUAAUUAUUAAAUAAUAAGUCAGCAAUUGGCCAAAUAUUUAUAUUAAGACUAACUGUACAAAAUAUGAAAAAAUACAACCAAGAAGUGCACAUGUAAUUUAUUGAUUUUAAGGCCUAUGAUUGCAUUCAUCAUGAAUCUUUAUUGUGUAUUUAAUCAAUUUGUUCUCCUAAUAAAAUUAGUUAUCCUAGCAUGAAUAUCGGCAGAUAAUAAAAUGUUAUUUCAGAUUAAACAAAAUGAUAAAUUCAAGAAUGCUGUCCAAAAUAGAACCUUAAACUGACCCUUAAGGUGUAAAUUUAUAGAACUCUUAUUUAGCCUAUGAUUAUGUAUGUAUGUGAAACUUGGAUCCUUCAUAAGUUACAACAAAAUGACCUUAUAGUAUUUGAAAGAAAAAUUCUAAGGUAUAUUUUUGGCCCUUGUGUAGGUACGAAUAGGUAUAUAUAUAUGUGAGUGGUAGGUCGGAAAUAAUAUGAAGUUUAAGUAGAUGGCUUAAUCAAAAAUCCAAUCAAAUAGAUGAAAUAAGGAAAAGAUGGCUCAAUUGGGCUGGUCACACAUGAAUGUUUACUUAGACAUAUAGUACAAUGUAGUAAGAAGGGAAUAAUCAAUAGAAAGACUGAGUUUAAGUUGGGAAAACUAAGUUAAAAAAGGCUUGGAGCAAAUUGAUAAAUCUUAGUAGAAAAAUGGCAUGGUAUAUGUUUGUUAGUAUGAUUUUGUAGACUAAAGAAGAUGAAAUAAUUGUUACACUAAUCGUUGUUUCUCAUCAUAUUAUAAUAAUAAUAUUUAUUUCAGCUGAUGAUUCAUUCAAUACAUUUGAAGAGGUGUUACAAUUAGCAGUCAAACACCAAGUUGAUUUUAUUUUGUUAGCUGGUGAUUUAUUCCAUGUUAACCAACCUUCAGUAACUAGCUUAGAACGAUGUAUUUCACUAUUGCGUACUUAUUGUUUGGGUGAUAGGUAAAUAUUAUUUUAUAGACAUGUAUAAUGUCUAAUAAAUAAAAAGUUUGAUUAUAAUAGAAAAAAAAAAAUCACUUUCUACCUAUUAUCUUUCACAUUUUUUUUUUUUGUUUACUUUGAUAGAUUGUUUUAUAAUAAAGUUAUUCUGCAUAUUUCAAUUACUGUGUUAGCUACUAUAUAUUUUUUUUUUUAUAUAUAUACAUAAUAUAGACCUAUAAAUAUAGAAUUUGUAAGUGACCAAGCUGAAAUAUUUAAACAUAGCCAUCAUCCUAUAGUCAAUUUUGAAGACCAAAACUUAAAUGUUUCUAUUCCUGUUUUUUCAAUUCACGGCAAUCAUGAUGAUCCUUGUGGUAAAAUAUUUUUUCUUUAUUUAUUGUAUUUUUUUCAAAAUUAUAUAAGAUUAAAUGUUAUUUGCAAGGUUAUAGAGAAAUAUCCUGCAUGGACCUUUUAAGUUCAAUGGGUUUGAUUAAUUAUUUUGGAAAACAAACAAAUCUUCAAGACAUUAAAAUUGUACCUAUUUUAUUAAAAAAAGGAAAUAAUAAAAUUGCAAUUUAUGGUUUGAGCCAUAUUCGCGAUGAAAGACUGGAACGGUUAUUUAAAGAUAGAAAAGUACGAAUGCUUCGUCCAAAAGAAGAUGUAGAUGAAUGGUUCAAUAUAUUUAUGUGUCAUCAAAAUCGUGCUAAACGGCCAGGUACUAAACAUUUACCAGAAAAUGUUAUACCACGAUAUAUGGAGCUCACUAUUUGGGGACAUGAACACGAAAGUUUAAUUGAUCCUGUUCUUAGGGAUCCUUGUGGUUAUAUUAGUCAGCCAGGUAUUACAACUAAUAGUCAGUUUUAAAAAUAUAACUGUAUUUUUAUAUUCUAUUUAUUAUAAAGCAUGCCAAAUUUCUAUAAAAUAUUUAAUCAAAUAAGUAUAUUAUUUUUUUAUUAGGUAGUACAGUAGCGACAUCUAUGUGUGAAGGAGAAUCUGGUACUAAAUAUGUUGGAUUGUUAACUAUAAGAACACAGGGGAAAAAAGAAUUCAAAAUUGAACCUCUAGAAUUGAAAACUGUUAGGCAGAUGCAUUUUGAAACAAUAAGAUUAUCAGAAUGUGAAGAAGAUGUUAGUAAUUCAAAAUAUACUCAAGAAUUUUUAAAGCAAAAAAUUGAGGAUAUUUUAUCAGAUUUAAAUUUUAAAAGAAGUGGUAUGACUUACAUUUAACUAUUGCUUUGAAAUUUGUAUUAAAUAUUGAAGGUAUUUUAAUUAAUCAUAGUUAGUAAUUCAUCUUAAGAUCAUUUUCUGUAUCUAAUCAAUAAAGACCAGAUUUACAUAUACUUAUAAAGGUAAAAAUAUAAAAGAAAUAAUACAAAACAUGAAGUAUAAAAUUUAAUAAUUAAUGUUUAUAAAUUAUAAUUUUACUUAUAAUAUUCAUUUAAACACUAAACAAAAACAAAUGUAUACAACUACAAUAAUAAUUAAUAAGAGUUUUUUUUUAUCUGUAUUACCAUGGUAACUCAUAAAUCAAUAAAAAUAGUUAGUUUUUUGUGAAAUAAAAUUUUAUGGGGUGAAUUUCAAUAAACUUUCAGACAACACAAUACAUUUUGCAAAAACCCUGUUAAAACCAAUCCAUUACAUUUUUUCUAUUAAUCUUAUACAGGCAGACAGAUAUCUGUUUUUUUAUGUAUAAAUCUUAAAGCAAAAAUAAACCAUUACUAAUGAUCAAAAUUUAAUCUUAAAACCAUUGUCAAAAAAAAUUAUAUAAAUAAAUUACUUUCUUACUCACCAACUAGAUCCUAAAUGCAACAAAUUUUCAGGACAAGUUGGAGCAAGUUUUCUGGUCAAAAAGUUGUUAACAGACAAAUAAAAAGAAACACGCAUAUAGUGUGCAAAACUAAUAGAUUCCUCGCUAUACUCUAAAUCUAAAACACAAAAAUAAUAUAAAGCCAAUAUUUACACACAAAUGUGUAAAAAGUAUAUAGGUUGAUAUACUUAACCUGAUACUAAAAAAAUCCAUAUAUGUAAUUAGAUGAGAUUAAAAUAACAUAUAGGUGUGUAGGUACCUAGUAAGUACAUGUUGGUAAUCUAAAAUAGAUAAUACUGAUUAAUACAAUUCCUACACAGUCAAAAAUUGUAAGUUUAAUAAAAUAAAAUAUUUAGCAAUACAUACAAUUGUACACACCUGAUAUUCAGAAAAAUGAAUUUCAAUUAAGUUAUGCCCUAACCUGAAUAUAUAUGUAUGUAAAUAUUAAUUAUGUUUAGGUCACCAUAAACAACCAAAAUUACCAUUAAUACGACUGAGAAUUGAAUACACUAGUGAAACUCAACAUUUCAAUGGUAUUCAAUUUGGGCAACAGUUUCAAGACCGUGUUGCUAAUUCAAGUGACAUGAUUUUAUUAAGAACAGAAAAAAAAAGUAUUGAAAAAAAACCCAGAUGCAUUGAUGACAAUGCUCUAGCAGAUAUUGUUGAUAUUGAAGAAGUAUUAAUUUUAUAACUUUUAUUAAUUUAUACAUUCAAAUUAAAUAUAUUAUGAUUUAAUAUUCAGGUGGAAAAAAUUGAACAUAUUGUUGAUCAAUAUUUUAAAACUGCUUCUGAGGAUAAGCAGCUGGAAUUAUUAUCUGUGAAUGGUAUGGCUGAAGCAGUUGAUUGGGCUGUCAAUAAAUCAUGUCCAGAUGCCAUAAAUAGGGUUGUUAAGUAAGUAUUUGAUAACAAGUAUUGCACCAAAAUAAAUUGUACUGUGUGUAGUUAAGUCACUUAAAUAAAAUUUUCAAAUAUAAAGAAGUACAAUAUGUACUUAUUAAAAUAAUUUUAACAUAAUAUCAAGUCAAAUUAAUAAACUUGAUUUUACAAAAUAAAAAAUUAAAACGUUUUCAGACAUCAAAUGAAAAAAGUAAGGAAUUAUGUAACAAAACAAGAAGAUCUCGAUGAAAUUAAUAUUUCAGAGUACAUUACUAGUUAUCAUAUCUCUCAUACUCAAAAAUCAAAAGAAGAAGUUAAUAAAGUAUGAUUUUUAUAUACUGACCAUAAAACAAUACAGUAGUAUAUUUAACAUUUAUUAUUUUGAUUAUAGGUUCGUGAACUAUUAAAUUCCCAGGCUAUAACUCAACCAGCCAAACAUCAAACGGAUUCUAUUGACGAAUCAAAUAAUUCUUCUGUUCUGUCAGAUGAUGAAUUAAACAAUUCUUCUACCAAUAUAAGUACUAGAGGAAGAAGAGGUGUUGGUAGAAGAGCUUCAAGAGCUUCUACUAGAGGCCGAAGAGGAAGAGGUCAGACUACACUUAAUUUUUAA